AAAUGGUCUUUCAUCUGACUGUAGUGUGGAAGUAAACAAUCCUCGGCUGACGUGGUGCAAAAUCCGUGUCGGAUCACCGCCUGAAAUUAUUAUUAUUGUUUGAGCGGCUGCUCGUUUAUUCACAGCUGUGGUUGGUGUAUGUUUAAUGAACGUAAAUAACAUUUAGUGGUGCUGGUGGUAAGCUCAACUGCAAAGUAGAUGGCGUCAGAUGAGGAGACAAGUAGGCCGUUCGCUGGAUUAUCAAACGUUUCUAUAUCGGAAGAGAUACCUGUGGAAGGGGACAUCACUGUCCCCACCGGCCCUUCCACCAGAGACGAUGAGUUUUCUACUCUAGACGAGCCGGUGAAGGAAACUGUUCUACGUGAUCUCCGCGCAGUGGGGAAAAAGUUCAUUCAUGUGAUGUAUCCUAAGCGGAGUUCAGCUCUUUUGCGAGACUGGGACCUGUGGGGUCCUCUGCUGCUCUGCGUAACGCUGGCUCUGCUGCUCCAAGGCGGCGCAGCAGACAGCGACGACCAGGGGGGACCGCAGUUCGCAGAGGUCUUUGUUAUCAUUUGGUUUGGCUCCAUCGUCAUCACUCUUAACUCCAAGCUCCUGGGUGGCACCAUCUCUUUCUUCCAGAGCCUCUGUGUGUUGGGAUACUGCAUCAUGCCCCUGACAUUGGCCCUGGUUGUGUGUCGGAUCAUCCUGCUCGGAGGUACAGGGAUCGUGAGCUUUUCCGUGCGACUGGCAGUAGUGACAGCAUCUUUUGGAUGGUCCACGUUUGCUUCCACAGCCUUCCUUGCAGACAGUCAACUGUCUAACCGCAAGGCACUCGUGAUAUAUCCAGUGUUUCUCUUCUACUUUGUCAUUGGGUGGAUGAUCUUGACGUUUUCACCAGGAAACUGACAAAUGACACUUUAUAUGAAGUGAGGAAACGAAAGAAAAUAGAAUUUCUUUGUUUAAAUAUGGGGAAAUAGUGUGAUGGCUUCUUUUUUUCUUCUGCACAUAGUCGGGGCAAAAUAUUUCCUUUUUUCCUUUUUUUGUAACAAGAGGGAUGUUUUUGUUUUUUCCCCAAAGAACUUCAUUUAACGUUAUAAAUGGUUUAUAACUGUUUGCUUCUGUAAAGAUACAUUCAACUUUAUCAUUAAAAUC